AUGGACACGCAGGGGCCGGCGGGGCCCAAUGCCGCAGCGCACAGAGACUUCUACUGGCUCCGCUCCUUCGUAGCGGGAGGUGUUGCAGGAUGUUGUGCCAAAACGACUAUUGCACCAUUGGAUCGAGUAAAGAUUUUACUGCAAGCUCAUAAUCACCAUUACAAACAUCUAGGAGUGUUUUCUACACUGUGUGCUGUCCCAAAAAAGGAGGGUUACCUUGGGUUGUAUAAAGGAAACGGGGCAAUGAUGAUUAGAAUAUUUCCAUAUGGUGCAAUUCAGUUUAUGGCAUUUGACCAGUAUAAAAAGCUAAUAAAGAAGAAGCUUGGAAUUUCUGGGCAUGUGCACAAUUUAAUGGCUGGAUCCAUGGCAGGUAUAACAGCAGUCAUUUGUACUUACCCUCUUGAUAUGGUAAGAGCACGUCUGGCAUUCCAAGUAAAAGGGGAGCACAAGUACACCGGAAUUAUUCAUGCAUUCAAGACUAUUUAUUCAAAGGAAGGAGGUUUCAUUGGAUUUUACAGAGGACUGAUGCCUACAGUUGUAGGAAUGGCUCCUUAUGCAGGUUUUUCGUUUUUUACCUUUAGUACCUUAAAGAGCAUUGGACUUGCCCAAGCACCUAACCUGCUUGGAAGGCCUUCAUUAGAUAAUCCUGAAGUCUUAGUUUUGAAAACACAUGUAAGCUUGCUAUGUGGUGGCAUGGCUGGAGCAAUAGCACAGACAAUCUCAUAUCCACUUGAUGUAACUCGUAGGCGAAUGCAGUUAGGAGCGGCUCUUCCAGAUGCUGACAAGUGCCUUACAAUGGUGCAGACACUGAAGUAUGUAUAUAGCCACCAUGGAAUACGAAGAGGAUUAUACCGCGGUUUAUCUCUGAAUUAUAUUCGUUGUAUACCGUCCCAGGCUGUGGCUUUUACCACAUAUGAGUUUAUGAGACAGUUGUUACACCUCAACUAAAUUUUUUUCUUACAUUUCACUGAAAAACUACAGUAUCCGUCUUCAUGUUAUGUUUGUGAGUAAAUUACUUGAAAUGGGAAAUUUAAUCUGUCACUGUGAACUACUGGAAUUUUAGUACU